CACAAAAACAAGUUGACUCCAAGGUACAGUUUGCUGGUGGGUUUGAUAUUAUUAGUCUCGAAAGUCUCAAUAAGUGGAGAUGGAGACAUCAAAUGUUCUGCGCGAAGCACAAGUACGGCCCGUGUACGACUUCGUUAUAGUGGGAGGCGGUGCUUGUGGGUGUGUACUAGCCGCUCGACUCUCGGAGGAUCCAAACCGCACCGUGUUGUUACUGGAAGCCGGAGGGGACGACCGUGAAGUGUCGGACAUCGCUGUCCCCAUACGAGCCCCUCAGCUUCAGCUCACUGAGUACGACUGGCAAUAUAAGGGCGUGCCUCAGGAAAAUGCUUUCAAGGCGUUCAAGAACCAGGUAUGUAAUAUUCCGCGAGGGAAGGUGUUGGGCGGGUCGGGCUCUAUCAACUACAUGAUGUUCAUGCGAGGCACCCCACACGACUUCGACACCUGGAAGAAUAUGGGCUGUACAGGCUGGGGUUACGCUGACGUCCUUCCGUACUUUAUCAAGUCUGAGCGUUGCCUCGCUGACCAUCUCGCUGAUUCAGACCACCGGGGCACUGAUGGGCCAACGAUUGUGAGUGAAGCUAAAAUGACACCUUUUGCCAACGUAUUUGUGGAAGCCGGAAAAGCCAUGGGCUAUCCGGGAACCGACUGCAAUGGCCCGAAUCCUUUGGGCUUCAUGGUGGUGCAGUCUAACAUUGGAGACGGCGUCAGACAGAGCUCCAGCAAAGUCUAUCUCAGAUCGGCCUUAGGGAGAGACAACCUCCACGUGGUUACACACUGCCACGUGACCAAGGUUAUCACAGACAACAGGAUCGCUCGCGCCGUGGAGUACGUCCGUACCUCCAGCAGACAGACGUACACGGUGAGGGCACGUCAGGAGAUCCUGCUGUGUGGUGGGGUGGUGGGCUCCGCUCAGAUCCUCAUGCUGUCAGGGAUCGGGCCGGCCGACCAUCUUAGAUCCUUAGGGAUUGACGUGGUCGCCGACCUCCCCGUGGGUGAAAAUUUCCAAGACCAUGUAGGAGUGGUGGGGUUGGAGUUUGAGAUAGAUAAACCUUACUCGGCUUUACCCCAGGAUGUCGAAUCGCAGGACACAAUGGACCGAUACGAAAAGCUACGAGCAGGUCCUCGUGCUACAAAUACGCUCGAUGCGGUGGGAUUGAUAAGAACGGAGGCUCAAAGCCCAGGCAAUCCGAAUCCAGACAUUAAUUUUACAAAUUUUUGCUUAUUACAAGGGGCUGGAGAUGUGCCUAGCUUAAAAAACAUGACUGAAAUGAAAGAUGAGGUCUGGGAAGCCAUUUUCGGUGGGAAUCGCGGUAAGCAUGGAUUCACCGUUUUCAUGUACGCUACGCACCCAAAGAGCCGGGGCACAAUCCGACUAAGGGACAGUGAUCCCAACUCCCACCCACUCAUCGACCAUAAGGCCUUGUCCCACCCUGAUGAUGUCAAAACCCUUGUGGCAGGUAUUAAAAUCUUGCUGAAACUCGUACAAACGAAACCUAUGAAGGAAAUAGGAGCUCGUUUUACGUCCCGAAUUUUACCUGGAUAUACAAAGACACCGUUCACGGACGAAUACUGGGAGGAGUUUGUCCGAAGUUUAACGUUCAUGACGUACCACCCUUCGGGGUCUUGUCGCAUGGGUCGGGCGAGGGAUGCGACCACGGUGGUAGAUCCACAGCUCAGAGUGAAAGGCGUGGAGAGGCUGCGAGUUGUAGAUGCCUCCAUCAUGCCGCAGAUUACCGCUGCUAACCUCUAUGCUCCGAGUAUCAUGAUCGCCGAGAAGGCCGCGGACAUGAUCAAGAGGAAGGGGCCCCAGUCCAAUCUGUGA